ACCGAGGCGCGAGACUCAAACAAACGGAAGAGGACACAUUUCUGAAGAAACGAUAAUAAAGUCUAAGCUAUAUAAGUUUAAAGAAGGACAAACGAAAGCUAGAAACAUCCCAGAGCCAUUUUAUGAGAGCUUUAUUCCCCUCUUGCCAUGAAGACCUCCAAACCAUCUCUACAGACCUCCACCCAGGAGGAGUGUGGAGUUUGGCUGGACACUGUGCAGCUGAAAGGAAAAGCUAAGCAGAAACGAGCCCCUCGUCCCAUUUCUAAGCUGCUGAAUCCCUUCACUGAGGGCAGGGGAUACAGUUUGUCGGUGGCACUCAACUUCACUCAGACCAAAAUGGAGAUGCCAAAGACAAAACAGAGCGCUUUAUCCACCUUCUUCACAGCUCAGCGCAGAGUUCUCAAUAAGAUGACAACUUCUGAAGUGCCAAACACAGAUCAUCUGCAGCCUUCUUCAUCAGCCGCCUCAUCCACGCAUGCCCUCACUGCACCCACGCCUGUGUCAUCGGGAACAAAACGAAGACGUGAGAUGGAUCUUGAAAUAUCUGACUUACACAACUCUGACCCUUGUGUGUAUCAUGAGUGGGAAAGUGAAAAUGUGGCUGAGCCUGAAGCAUCAGAGUGGCAGGAAGCAAGUCACACACAUUCUCAAAACAUGGACCGUGAAUAUGGAGAUGAGCCGUUUGAGGAGAUAAAUCCACCACAGAGUAAGAGGAGGGCCACUGCAGCCUCCUCUUUCCCAGCUGACAGUCAACCUCCUCCUCAGGCGUGGAGUCAGGAUCCGCUGCUCACAUUUAGCCAAUAUUAUGACGAUGAAUGUGACCAGAUUAAUGAGAAAAAUACUACAGGGAAGAACUCUGAGCCAAGUUUCCCAUACAGUUUACAAAGUGAGGAUGCCUUUGGUAUUCAGAUCGAUGUGGAAGGUAGAACCUCAACUCAAAGAUCCUUGAAAAACACUCAGAUGGAUGAUGAGAAAGAAAACAGCAGGGUUUGGUCUUCUCUGUCCCCCAAAAAGCACUCGGCUCUCUCUCAUAUUGAACCUCUUUCUUAUCAUAAAUGGACAGAACCAAAAAGUGCAUCACCUCAAAAACAUAUUCCCGUGCAGCCUUGGAAAAGGGCUGAUAAAGAGGAGAGCCCUGAGUCACAGUUCAAGUGGACAAAGCCAAGCACUCCUUUAAAACAGCGAGCGCCACAGCAGUCCUGCAGGGAGGUGGACGAGGACAGUCUGGCCAUGUUGUUCACUCAGGACUCUGAAGGCUUCAGGGUGAUCGCACACAGAGGUCUGCAAACCAGGAGUCCACUCAAAGAUCAGAGUAACACAAACUGUGGGACGGGGAGAACGAGCGCUUACACAUCUCUGGUGGAGGAGGAGGACGACGAGAUGCUCUUUACUCAAGACUCUCAGGGAAAUAUGGUGAUCAAACACUGAAAGAAGUCUUCGACACACAUGUUAUUUGAGCUUAUAUCUUGAUAAUUGAUCUCCACCUUUUGUGUCCUCAAGUACUGAAACAGUUUUAAAAAGCUAAAUUAUACUGUUUGUUUCCAUAAUGACCGCACUCACUUAAAAGCUACUUGAAAAUGAAAAUAUUGAAACUUAAUCUGUGACUGUCUUACCUCUCUUUAUCUGUAAAUAUUGUGGAUUUUUCUUGAUUUUUCAGUCUUUAUCUGUUUUUCAAUUUGGAGCGUCCUUGUCAUUAUUGUGAUAUUUCUCGUCUCUGAUAGUGAAAUAUCUUGUUCUCUUUUGCAAUAACACCAACAAGCAAGAACUGAGGGUUUUGGUUUUAUUUGAAAAAGGAUACACAAUAACAUCAAGUUGUUUCAUGUAAAUUAAACGUUUUGAAAAGCA